ACAUAAAAGGGAACGGCUCCGAUUCUGCUCCGGCGGCUGCUGCAAGAGCUCUGCGCCGACGUCGCGACCGCGAGCGCCCUGCACCCCGGGAAGGCCCCCUCUAUGUGCGGCUGAGCCGGUCCCGGACCCGACGAUCCCGCCCUCGGUCUUCGGAGCAGAAAUCGCAAAGACGGAAGGACUGGAAAUGGCAGACCAUAUGAUGGCCAUGAACCACGGGCGCUUCCCCGACGGCACCAACGGGCUGCACCACCACCCUGCCCAUCGCAUGGGCAUGGGACAGUUCCCGAGCCCCCAUCACCACCAGCAGCAGCAGCCCCAACACGCCUUCAACGCCCUCAUGGGCGAGCACAUACACUACGGCGCGGGCAACAUGAAUGCCACGAGCGGCAUCAGGCAUGCGAUGGGGCCGGGGACUGUGAACGGAGGGCACCCCCCGAGCGCGCUGGCCCCCGCGGCCAGGUUCAACAACUCCCAGUUCAUGGGCCCCCCGGUGGCCAGCCAGGGAGGCUCCCUGCCGGCCAGCAUGCAGCUGCAGAAGCUCAACAACCAGUAUUUCAACCAUCAUCCCUACCCCCACAACCACUACAUGCCGGAUUUGCACCCCGCUGCAGGCCACCAGAUGAACGGGACAAACCAGCACUUCCGAGAUUGCAACCCCAAGCACAGCGGCGGCAGCAGCACCCCCGGCGGCUCCGGCGGCAGCAGCACCCCCGGCGGCUCCGGCGGCACCUCGGGUGGCGGCGCGGGCAGCGGUAGCGGCGGCGGCUCCGGCGGCGGCAGCAGCAGCAACAUGCCCGCCUCCGUGGCCCACGUCCCUGCUGCAAUGCUGCCGCCCAAUGUCAUAGACACUGAUUUCAUCGACGAGGAAGUGCUUAUGUCCUUAGUGAUAGAAAUGGGUUUGGACCGCAUCAAGGAGCUGCCCGAACUCUGGCUGGGGCAAAACGAGUUUGAUUUUAUGACGGACUUCGUGUGCAAACAGCAGCCCAGCAGAGUAAGCUGUUGACUUGAUCGAAACCCCGGCGAAAAGAAAUCAAACCCCCAACUUCGGUGUGAAUUAAAAAAAAACAAAAAAAAAAAAAAAGAAAAGAAACAAAAAAAAACA